AUGGUGCGCGGGAAGGGUCAGGUAGGAUUUCACUCGCGACUCGCGUUUCGUUCGGCCCCCGGCAGACACCGGGACCUAUCCGCUGCCUAUGAGUUCCAUUACAGCAUCCUCGACAGUGACUUUGGUAUCGAACUAAAGAGGCACGUCCUCGAGCUUGGCACGCAUGCGGAAGACCUCGAGCAUGUUCCACACUUCCUAGACGAAGUCCUCUUCGUACAACCCAGAGGAGUCCCAGAUCAGUCUCAUCCCGAAGACUGGAAAGGAUAUUCAUCGUGGGGGCCUGUAGGAGUAUAUGUCCGUGGACAAUCUUUCUCUUUAGCCCUACCUUGGUUGCACUUCUCCAUAGUGCCCCUCAUCGACGCUUAUGCGAACGAUCCACGACCGGAAGUCUUCUAUGUCACGUUCGACGAGUUCUGGGCGGGUGUAGAUGAUUACGUCUACGGAGAGCAUUUUGCGCGGAUAUUGGACAGGCCUGAGUCCCCUGGUGCUGUACCAAAGCGACUUGGAUACCCUCGGUCCGACGAUUCAGAUCGACCCUCUGCGGCACGGAAUUUUAUCCAUACAUCUAGCCCAAUAUCAGUCGGCAACGGCGAGUGGUCGGACGACACUGUCUUGGAACUGUUUCUAGGAGCUUUGUCAACAGGGAUACCGGGUAAGGUAAGGUAA